UAAAAAUGGCGGACAGCAGCGCUAAAGUUGGCGAAGAAGUACAGUGUACCCUGAGUGACCCAGCGUUCGGUAACGACAUGUUGUCGGUACUGAACGACAUGAGAGCGGAGGGAGUCCUGCUGGACGUGACGGUUGUUGCAGGGGAGGAGGAGUUCAGGGCGCACUCUACAGUCCUGGCCUACGGCAGCGACUACUUCCGGCGCCUUUUUUCUUCAGGUAUGAAGGAAAGUCAAGACAAUCGAGUGGAGCUGAAGGACCCGUGUAUCAGUGCGAAGGGUUUCCGUCUGCUUCUGAACUUCCUGUAUUCUGGCGAACUUGCGGUGUCUACUGAGAGCGUGUACGAUGUUCUCUUAGUGGCCAAUCACCUACAGGUUGAGACCAUUGUGAAACUGUGCUACGAUUUCAUUUCACAAAACAUGCGGGAUGCACCACUGGAGCUAGUCAAUUAUACUGAAGCGCAAAAGGUUGCUGACGCCUACGGCUUGACAAUCUUGCAGGAGAAGGUACAUUCUGCACUUGCGGAGAACUUCUUAGAGCUGAGCACUUCCGAAGAUUUCCUGCAAUCCACUACUCAAGAACAACUGGUGACGAUUUUACAGGCCAACAAUGUUGCUUCGCCUUCGGAGCUACAGUUGUAUGAGGCGGUGGUACGCUGGCUCAUGCAUGACGAGCAGGCCAGGAUGCCUCAAGCGGCGGGUGUCCUGAGUCACGUGAGGUUCGCACUGCUGGACCAGAACAUGCUGUACGGACUCCUGCAGACCGACCUGGCAGUCAUGGAACACUGCAGGCACCUGAUCCUGGAAGCGAUGGCCUACCACAGCCUUUCACCCGAGACCAGACAGGGCAUCGACUGGCCACGGUCAAAGCCCAGAACUUCAGUGGACGAAAAGGUUCUCUUGGCUUUAGAAUCAGAUUCGAAGAAGGCCUGGAGGUUCACUGCCAACGGGUGGAUAGAGGAAAAAGGUAAUGUGCGUCAUCCUCGUGACAUCCACGCUGUUGCUGUCGUAGGGAACGUCAUGUAUGCGGUGUUGGCGCAAGUCUUUAUGGCACAAGGGUCAUCUUUUCAAACCUACAAUCCAACAAAACACAGGUGGAAAGACUUACCGCCAUUUCCUUAUUUCCCAAACGGUAACAAGUGUUUUCAAAUGACAGCUAUGGCUGAAAAGCUGUUCGUUGUCCAGAGCAUGGAGGGAAAUCUCAGCAGCAAAGCUCACUGCUACGACAUUUCUAAGAAGCAAUGGAUGAAGAUCCCUUCAUUCCCACGAUCCUGCCAAGGAGUAGCCCUAACAAGCUGUCAGGGAGCUGUGUUUGCAGUCGGUGGUUAUGUCCAGGGAAUCGUGAGCGGAAAAGACACAGUUGUACCAACUUCAGCGGUCCACACGUUCUUCCCGCCAAAUAACGCCUGGGAAGCAGUGUCGCCCACAACUUGGCCUCACGCAGAAGCUGCCGCCAUGGUGCAAGGUGACAUCAUCUACAUAGCAGGCGGCAAAACUCUCAAAGAUGGAAAGGUAUUUUGGAGUGCUACCGUAGAGAUGUGCAGAGCUGACCUUAAGGUCACAAUGAAAGGAUCGCCGUGGUCGGUGGUCCUUCAGCCUCCGUGCGUUCAAAAGUUCGCCUCCCAAGUUGCCUUCAUCGACCGCAAGGUGUACUUCCUCCUCGGCGGACAGAUGCACUUCACCGGCAAGCUUGUUGACCAUGACCGCACGUCAGAGGAAGACGUGGAGGACAUGUCCCAGGCGUUUCGGAAGGAUCUCAAAUCAAGCAAUGUUGUGUGCGCCACUUUGUCAUUAAAUGAAUAAUGUUAUAUGGUUGCGAAAUCAGGGGAAAAGAUUUUUCAAAUGAUGUCUGUCCUAUCGAAACUGUCCAUAAUCGCUUCUGUAAAAACAUUCUUGGCGUACACAGAAAUGCUAGCAACGGAGCAUGCAAAGCAGAACUUGGUAGAUUAUCUGUAGACACAGACGUAUCCGUACGUGUAGUCAAGUAUUGGUUAAGACUGAGACAACUAGACGCUAAAACAGAUCCCCUAUACAAUAAUGCAUGUUCACAAGAAAAAUCUGCUACACCAUGUGAAAGAAAUACUUGGACACAGUGAUUUCUCAUAUAUCUGGCAUAACGACAACGUCAAUCUCGAUAGGCAACACAUAUCUAGGCAACAGAAUAUGUACAUUACUUAGAAGUAGACUCUCUGACAUGUAUAUCCAAACCUUUCUAUACAAUCUUUCUGUUGAUGUCGGUAAGCUAAGAUUUUAUAGAAAUCUCAAACCUGUAUACACCAUGGAACGUUAUCUUCACAUCAAAUACUUCGAUGUAAGAUCAGCUAUAUGUAAGCUUAGAGUUAGCGCACAUACAUUAGAAAUAGACAAGGGUAGAUACAAACAAUUGUUAACAAU